UUUGAUGAGGAGAUCCCGAUCUCAACUUCAUCUACCCGCGUACUCCGCCUCUCCUCCUCCGGAUGCGUUUUUCCUUCUUCACCUCAUCUCGAUUUCUCGCCAUUACGCUCUGGAAUUCUUCGCUGUCGCCAAGCCCUAGAUUUCUCUCAUCUCUGAUCUCUGUUGCUGCGCAGAUUGCUCGAAAUGCAGUGGUACAUGGUCGCUUUGCUUCUUACCGUACUUACCAGUUCUCAGGGAAUUUUAACUACGUUAUCACAAAGUAAUGGUAGAUAUGAAUAUGACUAUGCGACCGUCCCCUUUCUUGCAGAAGUUUUUAAGCUUUUAGUGUCAAGUAUGUUUCUGUGGAAGGAGAGCCAGAAAUCUCCUCCUCCGAAAAUGACGACUGAUUGGAGGACUGUUCGUUUAUAUCCGAUACCUUCAAUUAUAUAUCUCAUCCACAACAAUGUUCAAUUUGCUACCCUGACGUAUGUAGAUACAUCCACAUACCAGAUAAUGGGGAAUUUGAAGAUUGUCACGACUGGAAUUUUGUUCAGGCUAGUCCUAAAGAGGAAGCUAUCCAACUUGCAGUGGAUGGCUAUUAUUCUGUUGGCAGUUGGGACGACCACAAGCCAGGUAAAAGGAUGUGGAGAGUCUUCAUGUGAAUCUCUUCUCUCAUCACCAAUUGAAGGAUACAUGUUAGGGAUUCUUUCUGCUUGUCUUUCAGCAUUAGCAGGCAUUUAUACAGAAUUCUUGAUGAAGAAAAAUAAUGAUUCUUUAUACUGGCAGAAUGUUCAGUUAUACACGUUUGGGUCUAUUUUUAAUAUGGCACGACUUGUCGUGGAUGAUUUUAGAGGUGGAUUUGAGAAUGGUCCAUGGUGGCAACGUCUAUUCAACGGAUACAGUAUUACUACCUGGAUGGUGGUUAUUAAUCUUGGGUCUACUGGGCUUUUGGUUUCAUGGCUGAUGAAAUAUGCCGAUAAUAUUGUUAAGGUGUAUUCUACUUCAAUGGCAAUGCUUCUGACGACUGUCUUAUCUGUACAUCUGUUUAACUUCAGACCGACACUGCAGCUUUUCCUGGGGAUUAUAGUGUGCAUGAUGUCUCUGCACAUGUAUUUUGCUCCUCCUCAGAUGCUUGUGGAUUUGCCUUCUCCAACGUUAAAAUCAGACCCAGAGAGUCUGGCAGAGGCUUCCAGUGAUCGUAGAUCAGAUUCUUGAUUCGUUCUAAUCUCGAAGCAGUUAUUAUUUGGUGAGUCUGUAUUGAUUUACAAAGACCACCAUGAAAGUUGUGAACAACUGAGCUUGCCAUAUUAUAGCGCAAGUAAUAUAAAAUGAUGUGUAGAGCCCUAGAAUUUAGGAACUUAUUACUACUUUUUUGCUCAAACUUUCACACCAUGGAUUGGAUGGAUCUGUGUUUGUAUUUUAUCACCAACAUUGUUGAAGGAUGAUGCAAACAUUCAUUUUAGAAAUUCAAGGGAGAUUUGAUUGAAGGUAAA